CUAUGUUCGAACGUCAUCUAGCGGUUCAGUUGAACUAGAGUCUAACUACGAUGCCGAGAGGUAAAACUUCAGUGGAAAAAAACAUUCAAGUAGUUGUCCGAUGCAGGCCAUUGCAACGAAACGAGACGAAGGAAUCUAGUGGUUCUGUAAUUCAGUGUCUGACGGACAGAAGAGAAGUCAGAGUAAAGCAAGAAAUCUCAGACAAAGGGACUUGCAAAACAUUUACGUUUGACAAAGUCUUUGGUCCGGACUCUACUCAGCUAGAAGUCUAUCGGACAGUUGUCGAGCCGAUUGUCGACGAGGUGCUGCAAGGAUACAGCUGCACCGUCUUUGCAUAUGGACAAACAGGCACAGGCAAAACUUACACUAUGGAAGGGGAAAGAUCAUCAAAUUGUUCCAGCUGGGAGGAUGAUCCACUAACUGGUAUCAUUCCACGAACACUUCAACAUUUCUUCCUUAAACUUAAUGACCAGAGCAUUGAGUACAGUGUCCGUGUUUCAUUUCUGGAACUUUACAAUGAGGAGUUGUUUGAUCUAUUGAGUUCCAAUGAUGACAACAGUCGUUUACGAUUAUUUGAAGACCCUGUUAGAAAGGGAUCUGUGGUGGUUCAAGGUUUGGAGGAAGUGACUGUACAUUCCAAGGAGGAAGUUUAUCGCAUACUGCAAGAGGGAACUCAGAAGAGAAUAACAGCUGCCACAUUGAUGAAUGCUCAUUCCAGUCGAUCACACACUGUGUUUGGAAUAACACUUCACAUGAAAGAGAACUCGGUUGAUGGCGAGGAAUUGUUGAAGACUGGCAAGUUGAACUUGGUUGACUUGGCAGGAAGUGAAAACAUUGGUCGCUCAGGAGCUGUUGAGAAGCGUGCAAGAGAAGCAGGUGAGAUGAAAAUGGCAAUCACGCCCUUGGUUGUGGACAUGGCAACCGCUGACCUCUACAACUACUCUUACUUGAUUGAAUCAACCGGCUUUGGUCAAGCAAACACGGCAUUAGGAAAUAUCAAUCAGAGUUUGCUUACAUUGGGAAGAGUAAUUACAGCACUAGUCGAACGAAGGCCACACAUUCCGUACAGGGAAAGUAAAUUGACUCGAAUACUGCAGGAUUCUUUAGGUGGACGGAUGAAGACUUCAAUCAUUGCAACAAUAUCACCAGCUUUGAGCAGCAUUGAGGAAUCAUUGAGUACUCUUGAGUACGCAUGUAGAGCAAAAAGUAUAACUAACAGACCUGAAAUCAACCAAAAAUUGACCAAAAAGGCUCUCAUUAAGGAGUAUACUGAACAGAUUGAGAGAUUGAAGAAGGACUUAAAUGCAGCAAGAGAAAAGAAUGGAAUUUACUUGGCACCAGAGAGUUUUGUUGCUAUGGAAAAGAAAAUGAAAGAUCAAAGUAGUGACAUUUGUGAAUUUGAAGAGAGGAUAAAGGCACUAGUGGAGGGAAAAGCUGAGAAAGAAACAUGUAUCUUGUUGAUUUGUGCUUCUUCUCAACACCAUAUGUAUUUCUGCAUUUUUGUGAUUUUAUCAAGAAACAAUGUGGACAGCUUGUAUGAUCAAGGAAAGGCAGCACAUGUGUUUCUGCUGUACACAUGGGUUUAUGUACCCAGAGCUGGCUCGAAUCGUAUUGGCUUGAAUCAUAUUGGCUCAGUUUGGAACGGAGCUUGUGUGAAAAGUGUAUAA